AUGCAUUUCUCAACCUUCGCUACUAUGCUCGCUGCCGUGCCCGCGGCACUUGCCUGCAAGGGCUACACCGGUGGUCUCCCUAAGCACACUGGUACCAAGACCCUCAGCGCUCCUCAGUACAUCGCCAGAGGUCAGACAUUUGACGCUGGCUGGGUCAAGUACGACCGUGGUGUGAAAUGUACCGGCCAGUCUGAAGGCGGUGAGAAGGACACUGUUUUCGUCCUCGAAGAAGGUGCCAAGCUACGCAACGUCAUCAUUGGCGCCAAUCAAAAAGAAGGUGUAUACUGCAAGGGUUCAUGCACUCUUGAAUUCGUGUGGUUUGAAGACGUUUGCGAAGACGCCAUCUCCAUCAAGGGCGGCGGCACAGCCAACAUCAUCGGAGGUGGUGCCUACAAAGCCGCCGACAAGAUCAUCCAGCACAAUGGUUGCGGUCACGUCAACAUUAUCAACUUCUACGCCAACGACUACGGCAAGGUGUACCGAUCUUGUGGUAACUGCAGUGGAAACUGCAGACGGUCUGUGCACAUGGAGGGAACUACUGCUGUCAAUGGUGGUGAGCUCAUGGGUAUCAACGUCAACUAUGGUGAUAAGGCUACGUACUCCAACAACUGUUUCCCCAAGGUUCAGUGCCAGGGCUACAAUGGUUGUGACAAGAAGAACGGUGCUUGCGAGCCUAAAAAGGUGGGAACUUGCUAA